CAUAAUAAAAAAAAUUGUUAAUGAAAUAAAAACUAAACCGCCAACGCCCAUUUUUUUUUUCAUUUACAUUUAAUUAUUGUUAUCGGAAUGUUUUCUUCAGUGAAUCCAUGGAAAAAUGUUGAAUGUCGAAUACCGAAAAAAUGUUUCAAAUAUUUAGAUAAAUAUUUUCAACCAUUAUCAUGUAGACAGGCAAAAAUUAGCCAUAAUUCAAUUGCAACUGGUGGUUUUCUACAUUCACAUCGAUUAUCAUCAAAUCAAAUUGUUGUCGGUUCAUCAUGGAAUUUUCGAAAUUUUCAGAAAGAAAAUGGCUACAUCCAGAAAAUGGACAAUUAUCUUUUGCAAAUUAUUCUACAACCGAAUUUUGAUAUUACGGAUUUAUCAUUCCAUCCAUUGCAUGAUGAUAUAUUGGCUGUAUCAAGUGGUGAUUCAUUGCAAUUACUUCGAUUGCCGGUCAUUCCAUUUGAUGAUUUUGAGACAAUCCAACUGGAUAAUAGACCAAAAUUGUUGGCCAAAGAAUUGACCUUUACAAACGGUUCUAUUGAUGGUUUUCGUUUUCAUCCGACAUUGGAAGAACAAAUUGUGCUGAAUUCAUUGACAAAUCAAUCGAUAUCGCUUUAUGACAUAAAUGAUAUUCAAAAUGAUCCAAUAGCAACAUGGUCAUCAUUGGAAUAUGAAAUUCAUGCUUCGUUUGAUUUCAAUUAUGUUGGACAAACAAUUUUUGCCAAUCAAAUCAAUGCACAACGAUCCGAAUCAAUUGUAUCGAUGAUGGAUUUACGUUCAAUUAGUCCUAAUGAUACUAUCAAAUCGCAACCACUGCAAUGUUGGAAUGAAACACAUUCACGUAUAGUUUCAUUGGAUGGACCGAAAAGCCGGCCAUAUGUUUUGGUUAGUUUAUUGGAUCGUCGUAAGAAUAGUAAUCUGAGCAUCUAUGAUAUUCGUAAUUUCAAUCAACCAAUAUUCACACACGCUGAAUGUGGUUCAUAUCGACAAAAUCCAUCCACCAUUUAUUUACCUCGUUUUGAUCCAGAUGCCGGUAUUGUUUAUCUAACACUUCGUAAUGGAAAAUCUAUUGUACAUUCUAUAGUGGAUGAAAUGUAUCUUGAUACAAAUCGUUUCAAUACAUUUGAUAAUACAAAAUCUUAUAUUACACUACCUGAAGAUCAUAAACAAAUUGUAGAUUCUGCAUUAAUGUCUAAACGUUCGGUUAAUGUGAAUGAAAAACAAAUUGACUGUCUAAUCAUUUUGACUGCCGAUGGAACAUUGUUACCUUACAGUUAUCAGGCACCGAAAAAAUCCUCAUCAUCAUUCAAUGAUAAUUUUUCAUACAAACAAUUUCCUGCCACAUUUUCACCACACACGAAAAUUGAUCAAAAAAUGUUUACAUCCAAAAUAUCGUUAUUGAAUCGAAUCAACUGGAUCACUUUAAAUCCAAACAAACGAAAUUUUUCCGAAAUUUAUAGAUUUGGUGAAAAUUUUGCCUUGGAUUUUGAUCAAUAUUGGAGCGUUAAUGAACAGAAAUUAUUUGCAAAAUUUUUCGGUGAACUAAUCGCUGAUCCCAAUGAUAACAACAAUGAAUGUAUCGAAAACAAUGAAAUAGAAUUAUCAGAUAACAAUAUCGAUGAUAAUGUUUCAAGAUUAAUUGAUUCAAAUCAUCUGAAAUACAUUGAUGGAUCGGUUUAUGAUCGUAAACUUGUACCUGCUAUGCCAUGUAUAAGCCAAUCACGUACAUUGAAUUUUGAUUUUUUUCACAUCAAUAAUAAAUAUGGAAUAUUUGUUCGUAGUGAUCGUUUGAAUCAGAUUUCAAUCAAAAUUAUUGAUUCCAAAGGAUAUGAUGAACACAAUGGCCUUGGCUAUAUUAAUUGUCCAAGUGAAAUCAAUUGUUUUGAUUUGGAUCCAUUUGAUUCCGAUUGUUUGGCUAUCGGUUUGAAUGAUGGUAUCAUUCAACAUUUUACAUUACCAUCUUCUUUUUAUGAUGAUUUAAUUAAUUCAAAUACAAUCGAUAUGCUGAUGUUGGAACAGCCGGAUUUCGAGUUCAAUGCAAUUUCGAAUGAUUUAUCAUUUCGUCAAACAUCGAUAACAUCCAUAAAAUAUCAUCCAAUGGCCAAAAAUGUAUUAGCAUCAUCAAUCGAUCAAUUUAUAGUCAUUUGGGAUAUUCAACAACGAUCACGGCGACAAAUUAUUGAUUGUAAUGUUUUUAUAAGAACAAUUCAAUGGAAUCGUUUCAUAAAUGGUUGUGUUUAUAUUGCUGCGCUUGCCGAUAAAUGUUUAAUGGUUAAAAAUGUGACCAACCACCAAACAACAACCGACAACAAUGAUAUGAUGGUUGAAUUUUCAAAACGAAUAAAUCCAAAUCGUUUGUGUUGGGCUCUCAACGAUAAUAUAUUGCUAGUCACUGCUAAAGAAACCUCAAAUCGUAAAAUUUUAUUCUAUUUAUUUACUGGAAACAAAUUACAAUAUCUAUUCAUUCAUGAUAUGUCUUCAUUACCAUCAUUUUUGGUGCCACAUUUUGAUGAAGAUACAAGAAUUUUAUAUCUAGCUGGCCGUGGUGAAAACACUGUACAUUUUAUUUGUCUUGAAUUGAACCAAGAAUCCUCAUCACUAGAAGAACGUUUAAUAAUUAAACCACUGGAAUCUUAUCGUUUUCCAACAAAUCAUUUAGCCAUCGAUUUUUGGCCUAGAACACAAUGCUGUGUUCGUAAUUGUGAAAUAGCAACCGGUAUACGAAUGUUUGUCAAUGGAUUUGAAAAAUUUCGUUAUAGAGUUCCAAGAAAUCAUCCGGAAUAUUUUCAUGAUGAAAUCUAUCCACCAACAGCUGAUUAUUCGAAACCAUUAUUCACAGAAAGUAAACAAUGGUUUGAUCAACUUGAUAAUACUGAUCGAUUAUCGUUGGCUAAAUAUCCAUUAAUUGAUCUGAAACCGGAUGAUAUGAUUGCAUUUUCAAAAAUGCGAGCAAAAUUCCAGGAAGAACAGCAACAAAAACGACAACAAAAUAAUCCAUCGAUACGAAUGGCAAAUGAAUCACAUCGUGGACUUCCGACAGAUUUUUGUCAAUAUUUUGCUCAUGUUGAUGAACCUUUGGAAAAUAAUAAUGAUGAUGAUGAUCAUUCUUCUGAAGGUGUUGAUCCUAGUGAAUGGGAUUGAAAAUCAAUGACAAAUGACAGAUUUUAUAUUUAUUUUUUUUUAUAUAAAUUAUUUUGACUGGAAAUCUUUUUUGCAUGACUUUUACAUCCUUCUUUUUUUAAUAUAUGUCCAUUUUAAUAUAUUGAAUUAAUUAAAAUUUUUCAAAUGUAAAUGACCGAUGUCGAUGAUGAUUAU